AAAAUGCCCGAACUCAAAACACUUCUUUUUCCAAGAUGGCGUCGAUGAAGGACAGCGACACCGGCCUGUGGCUUCACAACAAAUUGGGAUCCACGGACGAGCUUUGGACGCCUCCGAGCAUCGCUUCUCUCCUCACCGUGUCAGUAAUUGAUAAUAUACGGCUGUGCUUUUCGAGUUUGUCGCCGCCGGUGAAGCUGAAACUGCUGCUCGGGAUGCUGCAUCUUCCCCGGCGGACCGUGGACGAGAUGAAGGAGGCCCUGUCGGAGAUAAUCCAGCUGGCUACGGUGGAUUCGGAGCCCUGGGUGCUGAUGGUCGCAGACAUCCUCAAGUCCUUCCCAGAGACCGGCUCUCUCAACCUGGACUUGGAGGAGCAGAACCCGAAUGUGCAGGAUAUCCUUGGAGAGCUUCGGGAGAAAGUGGGCGAGUGUGAGGCAUCGGCCAUGCUUCCUCUGGAGUGCCAGUACCUGAACAAAAGUGCGCUAACCACUCUGGUGGGACCCCUUACACCCCCCGUCAAACAUUUCCAGCUGAAGAGGAAACCCAAGAGUGCGACACUCAGGGCAGAGCUGCUGCAGAAAUCCACAGAGACGGCCCAACAGCUCAAAAAGACAGCCGGAGUGCCUUUCCACGCCAAAGGGAGAGGACUGGUUAAAAAGAUCGACACAACCACUCCUCUCAAGGGGAUUCCCAAGGCCCCGUUCCGCAGUCCCACUGCUCCCAGUAUGUUCAGCCCCCCCAGUAACCGCACGCCUAUCGCCCCUGCACGGACGCCUCUGCGCAAGGAGAGGGGGGUCAAGCUCUUAGAUAUUUCCGAGCUGGAUAUGGUCGGGGCUGGAAGAGAAGCUAAGAGGAGAAGAAAGACUUUGGAAACGGAGGCCGGAGAGAAAGCAGCCAAAGAAGAAGCGGCAGCAGCAGCGGUGGUGGAGAACACGACCCCAGACUACGCCGCCGGCCUCGUGUCUGCACAGAAACUGGGGGCGCUGAACGAGAACCCUCUGCCGUCGACCAGCUAUCUACCGGCCACACCCAGCAUGGUUCCCUCCUCCUCUUACAUUCCCAGCUCCGAGGCACAGCCAGCGAAUGCCGGUGGUUCGGGGCGGGACACGCUGCAGUCAGCACGCCAACCGGAGGAGUCGGCAACAGCGGGCGCCGGUGCCACCGCCACACUCCCGGGCCAGUACAAACAGAGGACGCCCAUGUACAACGCCAGCAACACGGCAAACCCCGCCACCCCCACGUCUCCCAGCACGCCAGUCUCCACCCCCGCCAGCAACGGGCCCCCGGCAGCCGCCACCGCCAGCCAGCCGGAGACCCCCACCCAGCCUCCCAGCACACCUCAGACCCCAACCCCGACACCCACCCCUACACCACCACAGCCGCAGCCCAAAAAGAAUCUGUCCCUCACGAGAGACCAGAUGUACGCCGCCCAGGAGAUGUUCAAGACGGCCAACAAGGUCACCAGACCGGAGAAGGCCCUCAUCCUGGGCUUCAUGGCUGGAUCCAGAGAGAACCCAUGCCCGGAGCAGGGGGACAUCAUCCAGAUCAAGCUGAGCGAACACACGGAGGUCCUUCCCAAAGCCGACGGCACCGGCAGCACCACCAUGCUGGUGGACACAGUCUUCGAAAUGAACUACUCCACAGGACAGUGGACCCGUCUCAAGAAAUACAAACCCAUCACCAAUACUUCCUGAGGAGCUUCGAGUGCUCAAAGUCACACACCCAAAAUUUCUUAUCCACUUCAAUAAAAAACAAACAUGUUUACAUACUUACAAGUAUUUGCAUACACAUUUGGGCCAAAUCCAGCACUCGUGCGUCAAGGAGAGACAGGUCCUCCCUUAUCCUGCAGCGCCAACAUGCAGGACUCUGAAGAAUGUUUCUGUACUUUUUGUUCGGCUGUUACCCUUACCCUUUUUAUUGUUUCAGUUUUUAUGUCCGAUUCCUGAAUGAUGCUGCGUUCAGGAGGGGUGAGAGUUAAACGAGCAGAGGAGUUAUUGUCACGGCAGGCCCCUUUCAACAUUUGUACUCCGAGGUACAAGCAUGACGAGGAGACGAGACGAGCUGUCUGUAUUUUUGUGUGAAUGUCACAUUUGCAGCUUAUCUUCGACCUUUCAGAACCGAAUUAUAGUUUGUGACAAAAAGAAGAGAACAAUAACGAGAAGUCAUCAUAGAGGUGACCGUAAAAAAGAUUUCUCAAUGCUGUCGAGUUCUGUUCGGAGCCUUCCGGUAGAUGUUCACCUCGGUUUUCAUCCUUUUUCCAAAGAAGGGAAGAAAAUAAAGUGGCAACAGACUCCA